AUGGACAAAGAAGGUCUCGGGCUUGAAAUCACUGAGCUCAGACUCGGCCUUCCCGGUGCGGAGAACAACGAGAAGGAGAACAAGAAGAGGGUCUUCUCGGAGAUUGAAGGUGAAAACAGCUCCUCUGAAGAAGAAGAUCGCAAAAAAGAAACCAAGAAUCAGGUCGUGGGGUGGCCUCCGGUGUGCUCCUACCGCAAGAAGAACAGCGUCAAUGAAACCAAAAUGUACGUCAAAGUUAGCAUGGACGGUGCUCCUUUCUUGCGUAAAAUUGAUUUAGCUAUGCACAAGGGCUACUCCGAGUUGGCCUUUGCCUUGGACAAGUUCUUCGGUUGCUACGGAAUCGGCGAAGCGUUGAAGGAUGCGGAGAAUGCUGAACACGUUCCCAUAUACGAGGACAAAGAUGGUGACUGGAUGCUGGUUGGAGAUGUCCCUUGGGAAAUGUUUAUUGAGUCAUGCAAGAGGUUGAGGAUUAUGAAGAGAUCAGAUGCAAAGGGUUUCGAUCUGCAACCAAAAGGGUCUUUAAAGGGAUUUAUAGAAGGCGUGAGAAAAUGA